UGUUGCUCACAUUGUGUAAGCUCGAUCACUUUCGUAACACGAAAAUGCCACGAAUUGCCAAGAAUAGUCAACGGACAUAAAUUUAUAAAUCGGUCAGCAAAAAAAAUCAUUGUUAAUAUUUCCCAACUUUUAAAGUGUAUUUAGAGUUCAUUAUGCAAUGUGUUUUACUUGUUCGAGAUCACCCUCGUGCACUUGCAUUGCAACCUUCUAAUAUUUCACAUAGUUAUGACUCGAAACCGGACGCGAAUUUAGCGGUAUUAGUCUUUGAAAAUAUUUAUGAGAAUUUUGAUCCCUCACGUCCUCAAUGUAAUGUGUCACUUGUAAAAGAAUCUGAAUUUGAUGCAUAUGAAUAUCGACAACUUAGCUCGGUAUAUGGCUGUCUUGGGUUAUUGCAAGUAGAAAAAGACAUGUUUUUGGCAGCUGUAACUAGCUGCACACACAUUGGAGAAAUUCGACCGGGAGAGUCUGUACAUCGAAUAUUAGAUGUAGAAUUUUAUUCACUCAAUGAUACAUACGAUACCUUAUAUGGUGUCAAUAGAAUAUAUGAUGAUAAUGGACAGUUGCCUCUGCAAAACGAACAACCAGUGGUGCAUCCAUGCGCACCACUCAGAAAGCUAUUAUCAAAUGGACAUUUCUAUUUUUCAUCUGAUUUUGACUUAACAAGAACUUUAAGCGCAAGAAUAACGAUGACAGCAGCAGAUAAAUAUUCUUUUGAUGAUCAUUUCCUAUGGAAUAAAUAUAUGAUAAAAGAGUUAUUAAAUUUUCGAUCCAAACUGAGUAAAGCAAAUCAAGAAGCGAUGGAUCGAUGUGGAUUCUUGGUUAGUAUAUGCGAUUUGAGUGAUCCAUUUCAUACCGUAAUUAACAUUCUUAAUUUUCAGGUACUUGCUAUUCAAGGAUAUAUUGGCAGAAAAGAAGUAACGAUAAAGUCAAAUACAGCUUCUUUAUCAGUUAUAUCUAAAUUAAGUUGUAAACGUGCUGGCACACGAUAUAACACUCGAGGAAUUGAUGAUGAUGGGAAUGUUGCAAACUUUGUAGAGACAGAAACUAUCUUGCAAAUGUCUACUUCUUGUUUUUCAUACGUACAAAUUCGUGGCAGUGUUCCUGUAUUUUGGGAACAACAAGGUCUUCAAGUCAUGUCGCAUAAAAUUCAAAUAUCGCGUGGGCCUGAUGCAACACAACCAGCAGUUGAGCGACAUUUUAAUGAAUUAGAGAUAAGAUAUGGUGAUGUUGAUAUAAUCAACCUCCUUGGUGUAAAAGAAGGUGAAUCUAUCUUGAGUAAAGAGUAUAAGGAACGUAUUCUUAAUUUAAAUGAAAACAGCGGUGAUAAUUUCGUACGGAUGAACAAUUUUGACUUCCAUACUAUUUGUAAGAGUGGAAGUUAUGAAAAUGUCUCCUUGUUGAUACACGACAUUCAAGAUCGAUUAGAGUCUUUUUGUUUCUUUUUAUUGGAUAUGGAAACGAAUUCGCCCAUAUUCUACCAAAAAGGUGUUUUUAGAACGAACUGUGUGGACUGCUUGGACAGAACAAAUGUGGUCCAAACGGUUAUUUCAAAAACUGUCUUGGAUAUAUAUCUUCGACAAAUAGAAUCCGUCACGAAAUACGACACAGAAAGUCUUUUUUCUCGACAUUCCUAUCUAUGGGCUGAAAAUGGGGAUAGCUUGUCGAAAAUUUAUGCGGGAACAGGAGCUCUAAAGUCAGAGUAUACUCGUAGCGGGAAGCUUACUUGGUCAGGUGUGAUUGGAGAUGCGACAAAAACUGUGAAUAGAUUUUACAUAAAUAACUUUCAAGACAAGUCAAAACAGGAAGUUAUCGAUUUGUUACUUGGAAAGUUAAUGUAUCAAAAAGUAAUCGAAAUUCAUGAUCCGGUUCAUGAAUUAGUGUUGGAAGAUAUGCAGAAGAGGGUAAAUGACUUCUCUUCGAAAUCUACAAUAAAUAUAUUUGUUGGAUCAAUUAAUCUUAAUGGAUGUCUACCAUCUGGAGAAUCGCUGUCACCUUGGCUUUUUGCUUUCGAUAGUCAUGAACCGGAACCUGAUCUUUUUGUUAUCGGCUUUCAGGAAAUUGUUGAAUUAAUACCCCAACAGAUUGUUUCAGCAGAUCCAGAAAAAUUACGAAUAUGGGAAAAAGAGAUAAGCGAUACUCUAAACAAUCGACCUAAUAAGCGUUCAAGUUAUGUUAUACUGAGAUCUGGACAGUUAGUUGGAACAGCUCUUGUUAUUUAUGCAAGGGCGGAUAUAGUGUCCAAUAUACGUAAUGUAGAAUAUAUUAUGAAAAAAACUGGAUUGCGUGGGAUGGCAGGAAACAAAGGAGCUGUUGCAAUACGACUUGACUAUCAUGAUGCAAGCAUGUGUUUUGUUACUGCACAUUUAGCUGCUGGUCAAACAAAUAUAGAAGAAAGAAAUAGAGAUUACAAGACCAUAAAUGAUGGUUUACUUUUCAGAAAUGCUCGUCGUCUUGAGCAUCAUGAAUAUGUUAUCUGGCUAGGUGAUUUCAAUUAUCGAAUAUCCUUAAGUAACGAAGAGGUUCGAAGCCUCAUAGAAAAAGAAGAUUUUAGUAGACUGUUGGAAGCUGAUCAGUUGUCAAAUCAAGUGGCAUUUGGUCUAGCAUUUAAUGAUUACAUAGAAGGCCCUAUAACUUUUCUUCCGACCUAUAAAUAUGAUGAUGGUACCAAUGAAUAUGAUUCUAGCGAGAAGGCACGAGUUCCUGCAUGGACUGAUAGAAUUUUGUACCGUGGUAAUAAGAUUCGGCAAAUUGGAUAUUCACGGGCAGAAAUAAUGGUGUCAGAUCAUAGGCCAGUAAUGUCAUCAUUUGACAUUGAAGUGAUCAAAUAUGAUGAAGUUGCUAAAGAAAGAUUACAGAGAGAAUUGUAUUUAGAAAAAUUACAACUUGUAUCACAAAGUAGUGUUGAAACUUCGUCAAAUGAUGAAAAUAAAUGGAAUAAAUUAGCAAAGAAUGUUAGGAAAGUCAAUAAUCCUUUGCUAGAUACCAAAUCCAAUGUUAAGAAGCUCGAAGACAAAAAGGUUGAACCCGCUGUUGGUGUUUUGAUUGAUUUUGAAGAUAAGGAUAAUAGUAAAGAGGAAGAUUUGCCCCCACCAAGUUCAGAAACAUACCAGUGGUGGAAUUCAGCAUCAUCUUCCUCAACGUCAUCUCUGGUUGUUGACAAGAAUGAUAUUGAUAAGGAGUUUCGCAACAUAUCAAGCAAUCCAUUUCAUGAAGACUUAAUGAUAAGAAAACCCGGGCCUCCACCACCACCCAAACCUAAUUCAUUAUCCUCAAAUAUAUUAACUCCAAGAAAAAUAAAUGAUAGUGAUAGUAAGAAUAAUAUAAGUAAAGAUACACAAGGUAUAAAUUCAAGCAAAGAGCAUAAGAAAUCAAACCCAUUUUUUGAGGAUGAUGAUUCAUUUUUGUCAUCAGUUCCAAAAUUUGAAGAUAUAUCGUCAAAAUCAAAUUUAGAUACAUCAUCGGUAAUUAGAACAAAAGCAAAGAAUCCUUUUUUGGAAAAUGAUGACAGUGAUGGUAAUAACCAAUUAAUAGAUUUGUCCGCUAACAACACCAAUUCUUUACCAAAAUCAGUUUUACCUAAAAACAAUCGUGAUACAAAUUGGACACCAUUAACACCGACUAAGGUUAAUAACAAUAAUAAGUGAGAUCAAAUAAAUUUUAACUAUAAAUUAUAUAAAUUAUAUUUUUUGUAUUUAAUUUUAAUUUGAAUAGAUGAGUUUUAAUUAUUAAAAAUUAUUGAUAUUAAUAUCAUUGUGUCUUUUUAAUAACGGUAAACUCAUAUUAUUGUAUUAUUUUGUAUAUUAUUUAUAUUAUUUAGAUAUUUUACUUUAAUAUUAUGUAUUUUAAGUAAUAAUUAAUUAUAAAUAAAUAUAUG